AUGACACGUGGCUCAGCUGAGACAAGGCUACGGCAAACUGAAAUCGAAUUAAAUGCAUCGCGAGUCAUGCAAAUCGAAUUAACUAAAGUGGCUCAAUUCGAGUAUAGCCGUGCCUUGAACCAAAUUCCGACAGGAUUCAAGGCACUAUUGCUUGAUUUAGGCCGUGCUGUUAUCGGGCUAGUCAAGAAUUUGGGAAAUGCGAUUAUUGACGUGGGGAAAAGUAUUGUCAGUGUAGCUGUGCCAGCAAUGAUUGGCAUCGCAACUGGUGGGGUUGGACAGGGACUAGGAGCGCUCGCUGGCGGAGGGCUUGGUGCACUAGGUGGACUUGGUGCGCUUGGUGGUGGAGGGCUUAGUGGGCUAGGCGAACAGGGAGGUCUCAUAGGUGGAGGAAGCGGAAGUGUGGCAAAUGGUCAAGCACUAACUUUCGGCAAGCUCUUUUCAAACAGUUUCAGUGAAGUUCUUCCACAAGUGAAGGGAAUUCUGAGAACAGAUACCGAUGUUGCUCCGGGCUCUAAAAAUCCCCUCGAAUUACUAGAAGCUUAUAAGAUGACAUUCGAAACAUUUUUGUCAUCAUUGAAAUCAGGAAAAGAAAAUUCAUUAAAGAAUCAAGCUGGCCAUCUGAUUAAACAAGGUGUUGAUUUAUUUCAAGAUGUGUCCGACGAAGUCAAGAAAACUGCACGAAAUGGCGAAAAGAUUGAUUCACAAGUUGCAAAAGGUUUCGCCGAUCGUCUUGAUAAUCCAGCUGAACAAGCCAGACCCAUGGCAGCAGCAGAGAGCAUGAAUGGUGCUGAAGUACCCAAAGCACCACCAUCUGCUGACGGCUCGGGUGAUAGUUCACAGAACGAGAAGUUUGCGGCUCAACUGUCGUCGAAUCGACUGCGCGACGCUGAAAGUCGGUAUGAUAAAAUCUUCGAGCAUCUCAAACAAAAUCAGGAAGAUCUAGCUAAAUUGAUGGGGAAAAUUGCUACAUUGGACAUGAAUAAAGUUCAUUACAAGGAAUUGAUUGAUUUUUUGCGUGAAGCUCUUUGUUUUCUUUCCCGUGUACGGGAACAGUGGGGUCAACUUGUCUUAUUUUUUGCUGAAGUUGCUACAAAAAAUGAACUCAUCCUUAGUGCAACACUCACACCUUUUAUCAACCAAGCAAAUCAAACCGACGUCCUCGCGCUUGAUGAACGCCUCUUCUACAUCGAUAUUCUCAAAGCUCAAGCGGAUGACAUCGAAGUUCAAUCGGGUAUGCUCUAUACGAUGGCUCGAACCUAUUACGACAUGUCGACUAGAUUCAUUAUGCAACGUCUUGCUGGUAUCUCAAAAAUGCUCACUGCAUCUACGGAUAACGAGCGAAAUAAUCUCCUGGCUGAGCUGAAUAGCAACACGCAAGAUACACAGGCUGCAGUUCUCAGUCUCGUUGCUGAGCGAAAACGUGCUUACCAAAAGAAAGUCAAACAACGUCGCAUUGAACUCGCGAAUUUCAUUGCCAAAUUAGACGGACCAGAUGCUCAGAAUCAAUUGGCUAUUGAAGCUGGUAAACAGCUACUUGAAUCGUCGUCCUAA